CUGAGAGCAACGACAGGAAGAGUGAAAGGAUUCCUGAGGCGAAAGAGACGGAGAGCAAUGAGGAGAAAGACAGCGUGAAACUUGGAACAGUGCUGUGCUGAUGGUGGUGCUGUCGGAGUUAGCAGUGAUGCAGCAGCGCUUAUGCAGCAGCACUUUACUAAUUUAGUCUGUCCAGUUCUCUCUCCUUCUCAUCUCUACACUCUGCUCAAACACAUCCGCUUCAACUAAUUCCACACUAAUACUGUCACUGUUAUCGCACUUGUCACCUUGUACAUCACCGAGUCGAGUCUCUGCGUCAUGUAGCUGCAGUGCAUUCUGGGACUUUGAGUCCUGAGCUCACUUCAAUGGCUGCAAAACUCCUAGGCUGAGUUUCUCUUUAAUAUGGUGUUGAAUGUUGCUGGAAAAUAAAAUGUGAUAAAAGGAGUUUUGGUUUGAGGAGAUAACCGUGAAACUGUAACUUUUUUUUCCCCCCUCCUUUUUUGUUCUAUUAAACUCUGGUGUAACUGCACAAACAACAACAAACACAAUAACACUGUCCCCUUGUGACAUCACAGUGAAACAACCACUAACUUCUCAGAGAUAUGGAAGAUACAGUGUCGUGCAACAUACGACUACUUGAAUCACUAAACACAGCAUUAGUCCAGUCUGUACAUUUCAGGUGUUUCAGGGCAGAGUUUAACUUUAGUGUAGUUUCUCAGAGUGACUGGAAUUAAGGUAAACGAUGUGAAGAAUAAAUCAUGUGUCUGUCAUUUACUAUCACUAAAACAUUUACAGUAAAAACCUUCCUAAACAUGUUCCUCAGAAAGCAGAGACAACUUGGAGACCUCGUCUGUGGUGGGAUGGGGUCGUGUCACGCAGUUUGUCCAGAUGCUCGGCAAAACUCCAGACAGCCAGACUCUGAGUCUGAGCCACUGUGACCUCACAGCCACGGACAUCAUGGAGCUCGGAACCUUGCUGCCGUUCCUGACCCAGCUGGAGGUGAUGGAUCUCUCCUGGAAUGAUCUACUCGGAGGUUCUCUUAAAGCGCUGAGCUUCUACAUGCAGCACGUCGGCAAGCUGAAGGUUCUGAAACUGAGCGGCUGCAGACUCACGGCUGAAGAUCUCGGAGCUCUGGGAGAGAGACUGAAUUGUGUUCCCUUGUUGGAGAUACUGGAUUUGUCCUGGAACACUGGGAUUGGGGGAGGAAAUCUUCAUUUUCUAACCGAGCAUCUCCACUUCAUCAGUUCUCUGAGGGAGCUUCACCUGCUCGACUGCCGGCUUUCGGAGACCGACAGUGUGGCACUGGCUGAAGCACUUUUACUGUUGCCGUGUCUGGAGGUUUUGGAUUUGUCCAAUAACAAACUGCUGGUGAGGGCUUUGGAGAACAUUGGCUCCUCUCUGAGCUCCACUCCACAGCUGAAGACUCUGAAGAUGAGCAGCUGUGGACUGAAUCAGGAAAGUCUUGUUAUCCUGGGAGAGAAAAUGAAAUUCCUCGUGGGUUUGGAGCACCUGGACAUGUCGUGUAAUAAAGAGUGUGGAGGUGGUUUCAGUGCGAUGGCGUCCAGUUUGUCUUUCCUCACACACCUGAAAAGUUUGGACCUGCACACGUGCUGUCUGACGGAGCAGGACGCUCAGACGCUAGUCCAGGUUAUUCCUGCUCUGACUGAGCUCUCUGAACUUGAUCUGUCUUGUAACAAAAGUAUUGGCACCGCGCUCCAGGCUCUUUUCCCUGUCCUUCCCCGGUCCAAGGUGAAGACGCUUCAACUGAGUAACUGCAGUCUGAGUCCUGAGGCCUGUCACGCUUUAGCUGCCAUCAUGCCGUCACUCUCACAGCUGCAGAGUCUCAGUGUGUCGUGGAAUAAAAGUGUUGGUGAAAAUCUACAGCAGUUUGUGGAGCAUCUUCCGGUUGAGUGUAAACUGGAGGAACUGAAGCUGAGCAGCUGUGACCUGAACACGGACGACCUGCUACACUUGCAAUCUGCAUGUAAACGUGGCGCCUUGUCCCAUCUGAAGCUUUUAGACGUUUCGUAUAAUGGCCGUGUGGGAGACACCGGCUGGGUCUCACUCUUCAGAGAAGCAGGAGGGCUGAAGCAGCUGCAGGAGCUGGACGUCAGCCUGCGUCCUGACACCUGUCUGUCUGCGUCUGUGUGGAUGUCGGCUAUAAUGGACGCUCUUCCUCAGCUGUCAUCACUCCGGCGUGUGUCUAUGCAGCGCUGGACUCUCAGCUCAGAGGAGAGACAGAAACUAGAGAAGAGCCUGAAGAAGAAGAACAUCAUGCUGGAAAGUGAUGAAGUGAGAGUACAAAACGUCACAGGUUAACCUGUUUACUGUGACACGCCCUCAGACUACACUCCCAGUGCAAUGUGGACUGAUUUCCUAUUGGAUUAUUAAAGCUUAGUCACUCGUGAAAUCUACACUACAGUAAAUUAUUGCAAUACAACACUACAGUGGACUUAGUUUAUUUGCGAUGCUACACUUCACUCUUUCCCUGUACUAAACUAUACUACAGUACACUGUGCUGCACCGUACCGUACCAUGACAAACUACAACCCCGAUUCCAAAAAAGUUGGGACAAAGUACAAAUUGUAAAUAAAAACGGAAUGCAAUAAUUUACAAAUCUCAAAAACUGAUAUUGUAUUCACAAUAGAACAUAGACAACAUAUCAAAUGUCGAAAGUGAGACACUUUGAAAUUUCAUGCCAGCAACACAUCUCAAAAAAGUUGGGACAGGGGCAAUAAGAGGCUGGAAAAGUUAAAGGUACAAAAAAGGAACAGCUGGAGGACCAAAUUGCAACUCAUUAGGUCACUUGGCAAUAGGUCAUUAACAUGACUGGGUAUAAAAAGAGCAUCUUGGAGUUGCAGCGGCUCUCAGAAGUAAAGAUGGGAAGAGGAUCACCAAUCCCCCUAAUUCUGCGCCGACAAAUAGUGGAGCAAUAUCAGAAAGGAGUUCGACAGUGUAAAAUUGCAAAGAGUUUGAACAUAUCAUCAUCUACAGUGCAUAUCAUCAUCAAAAGAUUCAGAGAAUCUGGAAGAAUCUCUGUGCGUAAGGGUCAAGGCCGGAAAACCAUUCUGGGUGCCCGUGAUCUUCGGGCCCUUAGACGGCACUGCAUCACAUACAGGCAUGCUUCUGUAUUGGAAAUCACAAAAUGGGCUCAGGAAUAUUUCCAGAGAACAUUAUCUGUGAACACAAUUCACCGUGCCAUCCGCCGUUGCCAGUUAAAACUCCUAUAGUUCAAAGAAGAAGCCGUAUCUAAACAUGAUCCAGAAGCGCAGACGUCUUCUCAGGGCCAAGGCUCAUUUAAAAUGGACUGUGGCAAAGUGGAAAACUGUUCUGUGGUCAGACGAAUCAAAAUUCGAAGUUCUUUAUGGAAAUCAGGGACGCCGUGUCAUUCGGACUAAAGAGGAGAAGGACGACCCAAGUUGUUAUCAGCGCUCAGUUCAGAAGCCUGCAUCUCUGAUGGUAUGGGGUUGCAUUAGUGCGUGUGGCAUGGGCAGUUUACACAUCUGGAAAGACACCAUCAAUGCUGAAAGGUAUAUCCAGGUUCUAGAGCAACAUAUGCUCCCAUCCAGAUGACGUCUCUUUCAGGGAAGACCUUGCAUUUUCCAACAUGACAAUGCCAAACCACAUACUGCAUCAAUUACAGCAUCAUGGCUGCGUAGAAGAAGGGUCCGGGUACUGAACUGGCCAGCCUGCAGUCCAGAUCUUUCACCCAUAGAAAACAUUUGGCACAUCAUAAAACGGAAGAUACGACAAAAAAGACCUAAGACAAUUGAGCAACUAGAAUCCUACAUUAGACAAGAAUGGGUUAACAUUCCUAUCCCUAAACUUGAGCAACUUGUCUCCUCAGUCCCCAGACGUUUACAGACUGUUGUAAAGAGAAAAGGGGAUGUCUCACAGUGGUAAACAUGGCCUUGUCCCAACUUUUUUGAGAUGUGUUGUUGUCAUGAAAUUUAAAAUCACCUAAUUUUUCUCUUUAAAUGAUGCAUUUUCUCAGUUUAAACAUUUGAUAUGUCAUCUAUGUUCUAUUCUGAAUAAAAUAUGGAAUUUUGAAACUUCCACAUCAUUGCAUUCCGUUUUUAUUUAAAAUUUGUACUUUGUCCCAACUUUUUUGGAAUCGGGGUUGUACAUCUCAGUUUUGGAGGGUGAUGGAAUGAAACUAAUUGCACUGGUGAUCUAAGAACAUCAUAUUUUUGGGCAAAAAAAUUCAGCGUUCUCAAGUUCACACAGUGCAUUAGGACGGCUGAGGCUAAUGUAGGCGUGUAUUUAGUUUCGUAUGAUCACACUUCACAACUGAGGUCUGUUCCUUCUCUUGUCUAUUACAUUACACUCAAGAAACUCUACAGGUUUACGGUAAACAUUUGCAGGUUGAUAUCAAUUAAAUUGCAUGUAACUAAUGUAUUAGUCGUGAGUAUUGUUUACAUGCGUAUCAAAGAUGAUUUCGUUGGCUACCAAAUUUCUAUAUGUAAAUAUUAAUUCAGUAUACU